CUUCCCCCUCCGCCAUGGAGGCCGACGGGCUCCCCGCCCCGCUCCUGGGGCUCGGAGGGCCCGCGCCGGGACCGGCCGCCGCCCCGGCCGCCGCCGCCACCGCCGACGACGACGAGGCCGCAGACCUGGCCGACUGGAACCUGCCCCUCGCCUUCAUGAAGAAGCGCCACUGCGAGAAGAUCGAGGGCUCCAAGUCCCUCGCCCAGAGCUGGAGGAUGAAGGACCGGAUGAAGACGGUGAGCGUGGCCCUGGUCUUGUGCCUGAACGUGGGCGUGGAUCCCCCGGACGUGGUGAAGACGACGCCCUGCGCCCGGCUAGAGUGCUGGAUCGAUCCUCUGUCAAUGGGUCCUCAGAAAGCUCUGGAAACCAUCGGGACGAAUUUGCAGAAACAGUAUGAAAACUGGCAGCCGCGGGCCCGGUAUAAGCAGAGCCUCGAUCCCACCGUGGAUGAAGUCAAGAAGCUCUGCACGUCCCUGCGUCGCAACGCCAAGGAGGAGCGGGUUCUCUUCCACUACAACGGGCACGGGGUGCCCAGGCCCACCGUCAACGGGGAGAUCUGGGUCUUCAACAAGAAUUACACGCAGUACAUCCCCCUGUCCAUCUACGACCUGCAGACCUGGAUGGGCAGCCCUUCCAUCUUCGUCUACGACUGCUCCAACGCCGGCCUCGUCGUCAAGUCGUUCAAACAGUUUGCGCUCCAGAGGGAGCAGGAGCUGGAGGUCGCCGCCAUCAACCCCAAUCACCCCCUGGCCCAGAUGCCCCUGCCUCCGUCGAUGAAGAACUGCAUCCAGCUGGCCGCCUGCGAGGCCAACGAGCUGCUGCCCAUGAUCCCCGACCUCCCGGCCGACCUCUUCACCUCCUGCCUCACGACGCCCAUCAAGAUCGCCCUGAGAUGGUUUUGCAUGCAGAAGUGUGUCAGCCUGGUCCCCGGAGUGACUCUGGAUCUAAUAGAAAAGAUUCCUGGGAGGCUGAAUGACAGGCGGACACCUUUGGGAGAGCUGAAUUGGAUCUUUACCGCCAUCACGGACACCAUCGCCUGGAAUGUGCUGCCCCGAGACCUCUUCCAAAAGCUGUUCAGGCAGGACCUGCUGGUGGCUAGCCUUUUCCGGAACUUCCUGUUGGCGGAGCGGAUCAUGAGGUCGUACAACUGCACGCCCGUCAGCAGCCCGCGCCUGCCUCCCACUUACAUGCACGCCAUGUGGCAAGCCUGGGACCUGGCCGUUGAUAUCUGUCUCUCCCAGCUCCCCACCAUUAUCGAGGAGGGAACCGCGUUUAGGCACAGCCCGUUCUUCGCCGAGCAGUUGACGGCCUUCCAGGUGUGGCUCACCAUGGGCGUGGAGAACCGGAACCCGCCCGAACAGCUCCCCAUUGUGCUGCAGGUGCUGCUAAGCCAAGUGCAUCGACUGCGAGCCCUCGACCUCCUGGGGAGGUUUUUAGACUUGGGUCCCUGGGCAGUGAGCCUGGCCCUGUCGGUCGGGAUUUUCCCGUACGUGCUGAAACUGCUGCAGAGCUCGGCUCGAGAGCUCAGGCCCCUGCUGGUCUUCAUCUGGGCCAAAAUCCUCGCCGUGGACAGCUCGUGCCAGGCCGAUCUAGUGAAGGACAACGGCCACAAAUACUUCCUCUCGGUCUUGGCCGAUCCGUACAUGCCGGCCGAACACAGGACCAUGACAGCUUUCAUCCUGGCCGUGAUCGUCAACAGCUACAAUACCGGGCAGGAAGCCUGCCUUCAAGGGAACCUGAUCGCCAUCUGCCUGGAGCAGCUGAACGACCUGCACCCGCUGCUGCGCCAGUGGGUGGCCAUCUGCCUCGGCCGCAUCUGGCAGAACUUCGACUCGGCCCGGUGGUGCGGCGUGCGGGACAGCGCCCACGAGAAGCUCUACAGCCUCCUCUCCGACCCCAUCCCCGAGGUCCGCUGCUCGGCCGUCUUCGCCCUGGGCACCUUCGUGGGCAACUCCGCCGAGAGGACGGACCACUCGACCACCAUCGACCACAACGUCGCCAUGAUGCUGGCCCAGCUCAUCAACGACGGGAGCCCCGUGGUCAGGAAGGAGCUGGUGGUGGCCCUGAGUCAUUUCGUGGUUCAGUAUGAGAGCAAUUUCUGCACCGUGGCUCUGCAGUUCAUGGAAGAAGAGAAGAACUACCCCCUCCCUUCGCCGGCCACUGCAGAAGGCGGGAGCCUGACCCCCGUGCGCGACGGGCCGUGUACGCCCAGGUUGCGCUCCGUCAGCUCCUACGGGAACAUCCGCGCCGUCGCCUCCGCCCGCAGCCUCAACAAGUCGCUGCAGAACCUCAGCCUGACCGAGGAAGCCGGGAGCUGUGUGGCUUUCUCCCCAGGGAACGUGAGCACGAGCAGCAGCGCCAGCAGCACCUUGGGCAGCCCCGAGAACGAAGAGUACAUCCUGUCGUUCGAGACCAUCGACAAGAUGAGGCGCGUCAGCUCCUACUCCUCCCUCAACUCCCUCAUAGGGGUGUCUUUCAACAGUGUUUACACCCAAAUCUGGAGAGUCCUCCUCCACCUGGCCGCCGACCCCUAUCCCGACGUCUCCGAUUUGGCCAUGAAAGUGCUCAACAGCAUCGCCUACAAGGCCACAGUUAAUACCCGACCCCAACGCAUUCUGGACACGUCACCUCUCACCCAGUCCGCCCCAGCCAGCCCUACCAACAAGGGCUUACACAUUCACCAAGUAGGAGGGUCCCCUCCCACUCCCAGCACGAGCAGCUCCAGCCUCACCAACGACAUGACCAAACAGCCCAUCGCCCGGGACAUCGCUUCGGGCCGACCGGCCAACGUGGGCAGCAUCGGGGUGCAGUACACCCCCCACUCCCACCAGUUCCCCCGGACACGGAAAAUGUUUGACAAGGGCCCCGACCAGACCACGGACGACCCAGACGACACCGUGGGACACAAGAGUUUCAUCUCGGCCACGAUGCAGACGGGUUUCUGUGAUUGGAGCGCCAAAUAUUUCGCCCAGCCAGUCAUGAAGAUUCCGGAAGAGCACGAUUUGGAGAGCCAGAUCCGCAAGGAGCGGGAGUGGCGCUUUCUCCGGAACACGCGGGUCAGGAAGCAAGCACAGCAGAUCAUCCAGAAAGGGAUCACAAGGCUUGAUGAUCAGAUCUUCCUGAACAGGAAUCCUGGGGUCCCCUCUGUGGUCAAAUUCCACCCUUUCACCCCGUGCAUAGCCGUAGCCGAUAAAGACAGCAUUUGUUUUUGGGACUGGGAAAAGGGAGAGAAGCUGGAUUAUUUCCACAACGGAAAUCCCCGCUACACGAGGGUCACGGCCAUGGAAUACCUGAACGGGCAGGACUGCUCGCUCCUGCUGACCGCCACAGACGAUGGGGCCAUCCGGGUGUGGAAGAACUUCGCCGACCUGGAGAAGAACCCGGAGAUGGUGACGGCCUGGCAGGGAUUGUCCGACAUGCUGCCCACGACGCGAGGAGCCGGGAUGGUGGUGGACUGGGAACAGGAGACCGGGCUCCUCAUGACCUCGGGAGACGUUCGGAUCAUCCGCAUCUGGGACACGGAUCGGGAGAUGAAAGUGCAGGACAUCCCCACGGGAGCUGACAGCUGCGUGACCAGCCUGUCCUGUGACUCUCACCGCUCGCUCAUCGUGGCCGGGCUGGGUGACGGCUCCAUCAGAGUCUACGACCGGAGGAUGGCUCUCAGCGAAUGCCGGGUGAUGACUUACCGAGAGCACACGGCCUGGGUGGUGAAAGCCUACCUGCAGAAGCAGCCGGAAGGGCACAUCAUGAGCGUCAGCGUGAACGGAGACGUGCGUUUCUUCGACCCCCGGAUGCCCGAGUCGGUGAACGUCCUGCAGAUCGUGAAGGGGCUGACGGCCCUGGACAUCCACCCCCAGGCCAACCUCUUCGCGUGUGGCUCGAUGAAUCAGUUCACCGCCAUCUACAACAGCAACGGGGAGCUCGUCAACAACAUCAAAUACUACGACGGCUUCAUGGGUCAGAGAGUGGGGGCCAUCAGCUGCCUGGCAUUUCACCCUCACUGGCCUCACUUGGCGGUCGGAAGCAACGACUUCUACAUCUCCGUGUACUCGGUGGAGAAGCGAAUCAGAUAACAGGACCCUGCCGCCCUCCCCCCGCCCCACCCCCCGAGCCCACCCCCGCCCCAGGGACCGGCAGACUUACCGGCCUGCCCGCCGUUGUACAUAGAGAAACUAUCGACUUGAAUGUUUAGUGUUGGCUGCCGUCGCGACCUAUAACUUGAAUUCUUUUUCUCCUCCUCUCUUCCGACUUAGCUACUGAUGAUUUAAGGAGAAGACGGUUUGUCCGCUUUCCGUUGUUUCCGCUAGAAGGGCCGGAGAGUUCAGGAAAGGAAGGGGGCUUUUGCGUUCUUUUUAUUUUGGACAGUCGUUUCGGGGCGCCGGGGACUUAUGAAAGACGCUGCCUUCAGGGGGCGGCGGCGGAGAGGGGGCCGUGGGGUUGGUCUGGGGGAUGUUGCUUUGGUUUUUGUUUUCGGAAGCACAGGAGUUCGGUUCGUUUUCCGUCCGGCUGGAGCGCGGGGAAGAGACGAAGCCGCGGGACCCGGGUCCGGAUUCUCUCGGGACGCACCGGGGCCCCAUCCGGCCGUUGACCGGCCUAGCGAGGGGGUGCCGAGCUCGUCUCCCCGGGCUCCGGCGGAAACCAAGCCGGGCGCCGGCCGGUUGACCGGAAAAGGAAGCUGGGUUUCUUCCGAGACCUCUGGGGUUAAGACACGGCUCGCUCUUCCCUCCCCGCGGUCCCCCUGCCGUGCGGGAGGGCGAGAGAGCCCUCUCUGGGAGGCUUCGGGCUCGUCGGGAAGCGAGCGUGUGUGUGUGUGUAUAUAUAUCGGUGCGUCGCGGGGUGGGAGGAGGAGGAGACGCCUCUCUCCCCCCUCCAACCCCCCGACUGGUGCUCGCCGCGCCCCGCAGAACGCCGGACGGCCCAGAUCGCGGCCGCCCAACCCGCGCCGACCGGUAAAGCCGGACGCUUCCCCAGCGAGGGCGGCCGUGUGUCCGGCCGGGAGACGGAGAGCACGGCCGUGAUCUAGAGCCGUAGCGGCGGAGGACCCGGAGGGACGGACCUCGGUCUGGCGCGAGGCGGUCUCUGCUUCCCGGCGGAAACGAGGGAUGCGUCCCGCCGUCGGCGCCGAGGCGAGUGUCGUCGGACUCGGCCGCGGGUCCCGGUCAACGUCCGGACGGACGGACUCCCUCCCUUCAACCACCAGAGAGAUGGACCGGGCCCGGUGCCGCGAGCCCAGCUGCGAAGAAAGGCCGGCCUCACCACGGGGACGGUGUUUUUAAGCCACGUUUCCAUUUCUUCCCCCGCCGGGGAUCGAGGCCGUCCCAAGGGGCAGCGGGGUGGCCCGACGGGCCUUGCCGACGACUGGACCCGGCCCGUUGGCGGGGCCAAGCGCCGUGGCGACCGAGGCAGCCCUCGGUCCCGCGGCCGGUCUGCCUCGCGGAGGGGCGGCCGUCCGGAGGUGCGAUCCGAAGGACCGGACCGCCGGAACCGGGGAAGGCCGAAGCCCGGCGCCCAGGCCGGGGAGGGAAGGUCCGAGCGGAGCGACGCCCCGGCGGGCGGCUGGCGGGCGUCACCCCCGCCCCGGGGGGCCGGGCCGGGGGUCGGUGCAGCUUCCGACCCGCCCACGACCGAGUGACCACGGGAAGACACGGGACGGUUUUUAAAUCCCGCCGUCCGCCCCCGAGCUCAGACCGCCGCCUGGCACCACGUAAAUGGUGCCGGAGGAGGAGGAAGAGGAGGAAAUGAGAACCUUGCUUCUCCCACGCUCCCCCUCACCCCGAUUCCCCCGCACUCUGGCCCGGCCGGGCGCCCAUUUUUUAAGUAGCUCUGCGGGUUCGCUUUUGACUCAGUCCGUUUGCGUGCGCGUGGGGCCGAGUUCUCACAGGUUUGAUGCGGAAAUCCAAUCAUGAAGUUAACCGAGGCUCGAGGGAGCGCCUACCUGAAGGUUCUCACUUAUCUCUAUUUAUUUUACAAAAACGAAAACGAGACAAAAAAAAUACACACACACACACAAAAAAAGAAAACCAAACGGACUCUGGAAAAGCAAACAUGAAAUUGUAAUGUGAGAGUCAAGAGUAAUUCCAGACAAUAAACUUAAUAAAAAAGAAAUGCCCAAAUGUC